UUCUUCCCCGUCAAAAACUGUAGCUGUUUUCCUGAGCUCCGGUAAAAAUGGCAGCCCAGGUGAGCAGGAUUUGGUCCGGUCUGUACCGGGCUCGGUUCGGUGCCUCCCAGCUGAGCCGCUCGGUUUCGCAAAGCCAGGCGUCCAGCGCCGCCGGGGCCGCGUGUGUGACCGACCUACAGCCCGCCGCACACGCCGAGGAGAGUCACGGACACGCCGAGGUCAACCCGUUCCAGAAGAACCCGGACUACCAUGGCUUCUCUGAAGACCCUUUUGUGGACGAGUGGAACAUGAGGCUGGCUUUCUUCUUCGGUAUUUCCAUGACCAUCGUUCUUGGAGGAACUUUCAUCCACUAUUUACCAGAUCACGGUAUGAGGGGUUGGGCUCGACGUGAAGCAGAGCGGUUGAUAGUACAGAGAGAAGCUCAGGGCCUGCCGCUGAUCGACGAGAAUUACUACGACCCCAGCAAAAUCGUCCUACCAUCCUCAGCCGAGGAGUGAACCACGUCAUGUAGCCGCUCAGCUUCCUGUUUGUGUUUAACUGUACGUUUAGUUCUAUAAACUGUCACAAUAAAACUUUAUUAUUAUUAAUAA